UAUUAAACUUCUGAUUACACUUUCCUAAUCCCCAUUCUUGUUUUAUUUUAGCUAAGACCCAAAAAACAAUGCAAAAAAUUGAACGCUUCUCUCUCUCUCUCUCUCUCUCUCAUUGGAUUCUGUAACAAACCAACGCAGUGAAGAGACACGCAACACCGAACCAGAAACAACACGAGAGAAAUAAAAACACUUGCUUGCACGUUCUCUUCCCACUGGUCCCUUCUCUUUUUCAUUCUUCUUCUUCUUCUUCUUCUUCUUCUACUCAACCCUGCACCCUUCACUUUCUUAUUAUUCCCAUUUUUUUGGGUUAAGAACUACCCUUUGUUUCUCUAAAAACAACAAGUUUCAGGAUUGUUGCCCUGAAUCUUAUUCUGCUCAUCUGCAUAUCUCAUCUCCCAUAUGAUGGCCAAUGAAAGUGGUGAAUUACCAGUGACCCCAGAAGUUACUGAGUCACCUGGGGUUGAAAUAAGAAGGCAUUCAGAUGGCAAAGCUAGUUCUGGAACUAGUGUUGAAAAAUUUGUUCCCAAUUAUCUCAGAGCUUCCACUGGUUCAUGUCAUGAUUUUUGUAAAUACGGGAAGAAACAUGCAUUUGAUUCGAAGGAAAGACGUUCUAUACCUAAUAGAGCUACAAGAAAACUGCUUCACCACAGUUCAGAAGGUAGUGUUGGUGGGACAAUGAUGCCAGUUGCUAGGCUCAGUGCAUCUGUGGAUUCUACCAAGUCCACAAAGAUUUCAACGGUCAAACUCAAACUAUCAGUUGAUUCCAAGACAUGGAUUUCUGAUAUCUCUGACACUUAUAAGCAGGAACGGCCAACAAAAUCAUUUGACGGCCAAAAAGUAACACGGAAUGAAGUUCUGGUGAACAGGAACAAAUCAUCAUUGGCCAAGGUCAAGCUAUCGAUCCUUCCGAAUUUGCAAACAUCUCCAUCAGUGAGGCAAGAAAUUUCAUCAAUUAAGGAGGUCCGAUCCCUGUCAAAUUCAACUUCCAAAAAGGUGGAAACUCCAUCAAAAUCAACCGCCAAUAAGACGGAAACUCCUUCAAAACCAACUUUCAAUAAGGUGGGAAAUCCAUUAAAAUCUACAUCCAAGGUCAAAACUUCAUCUAAACCAACUUCCAAUAUGGUGAAAAUGUCAUCACAAUUAUCUUCUCUCAAAGGUAAAGAAACGAAGUUGUCUGAAAAACAAGUGACUUAUUUAAAUUCAAGCAGUGUCAGAAGGAAGCAAAUAUCUUCUAUGAAUUCCUCAGAAGGCGUUGGUGGCCAAAGAUAUAGUAAGAUCAAGACAGGAAAGGAGGCAACCUCCUCCAAUUCCAAAGCAGCUUCAAAAAAAUUGAUGUCACCUUCAAAGGCUUUAUUGUCCCCCAGACCUUCCCUUAUUAGAGUUGCAAGUAUAAAUUCAAGAAAGCAUAAGAGUCUGAAAAUUGCUUCUCAUCUUAAGAAUCAGUGUACUGCCCGAAAGGAUGAAAAUGAGGAACACAAUAACAACGUGUUAGAGGAAAAGACUUUGCACGUCAUCAAGAUGGAAAGUGAAAACAAAACUUUGCAAUCUGAUCAAAAUGCAAGCUAUGAUGAUGAAUCAUACCUCCCUCAGUUGUCAUCACCAAAGUCUUCAGUAUCCUCAAUUUCUAAAUCCUUAUCCCAAGAAGACCAAGAGGAAUCUGAAUAUACAACUAGUGAAUUUGAGCAGGAUUCUUUUUCAGGAAACCAUGAAAUUGAAUGCAUGGAAAAUGAGGAGACUUUGGGAGUUGAGAAGAAAGGCAAGCCCAAAAAGGAUGGGGUUGUAUAUUCCAGAGGCAAGGGCAACCAAAUGAUAAAAUUAAAGUUCAGGAGGGGAAAAGUGGUUGAAAAUCAAACUGAGAUAAGUAGUCCACGAAGGCUUAAAUUUCGGAGAGCAAGAGUGCUGGGGGAGAAAGCCAAUGGUAAGGUCAAUGUCCGGAAAAGCUUUGAAGGAAAUGAAGCCUGUGAUGACAGCAAUGGUGCCACAACUGGUCCUGAGAAGGUUGUUUUGAGGCAUCAAGACAUGCAGGACAAAAAAGAUGCACAGGGAUUAUUAAAUAAUGUAAUUGAAGAAACAGCAAGUAAACUGGUCGAAGCUCGCAAGAGCAAGGUUAAAGCAUUGGUUGGUGCCUUUGAAACCGUGAUCUCUCUGCAUGAGAAAAAACCUUCUGCAAACACAGUCAGUUGAUGGAAUCUGGAUAGACAUUUUUCUGGCUUUUUUCAUUUGUUUUGUAAAGAAAUGGUAGGAAAAUAAUCCUGAGCUUUGGUAGUAGUUGUGAAGCCAACAAGCUGAAGGUACUGAAGAAAGUAGAGGUAGAUUUGCCUUGAGUUUGUCUUUAAAAGUUCUGCUGCAUCAUGCAUGCAUGUAGCAGUUGAAAGGGGGAUUUUGUGUUGAGAACUUACCUUAACUUGCACCAUAUACUUUUUGUUUCAUUUUGCUUUGGAAAUCCAUACCUAUUGUGAAUGAUUUGUGUCUUCUGAUUUUGAAUAAAAUAUCAAACAGUGAUGCCAGUGACUUUGUACUUUUA